AUGUUUAAAACUUUAAAUAUUGAAUACAAACCUCCUUCACAGUUUACUCUUGCUAAACGCAUUCUGGACGAAAAAAUUGCUAAGGUUAAAAAGUCAAUUAAUGCUGAAUUAGAAGAUGAAAUAAAUUUGAUCUUAA